CCAGCUCUGGUCACUGCUGCACAAAGAACUCAAGAAUCAUAGCCUCUGGACUUUUCACAGCCCUGCACGCGGGUCUUACCUGGUCCCAGCCUCCAUCUUUAUCCCAGCUCCUUCCCCAGCCUGGCCGCUGGCCCUGCCUCUACUUCAGCUCUGACAGCCUCAGAGGCCGUGUUGGUCCAAACAUGUCAGUGAAGUAUGAAGACCUCCAGUACUUGGAGAGUGAGAAGAAAAGCCAGGGGUUUACAGAUGGGCUGCCUGCCCUCGAGACCUUCCUGCAGCGGCUCCUCUCCAGCACCCGCUCCUUCCUGCUCUCCCUGGGCCUCAGCCUCCUCCUGCUGGUCGGCAUCUGUGUGAUCGGAUCCCAAAAUUCCAAGUUUCAGAGGGACCUGGCAACCCUGAGAACAACUUUCAGCAACUUCACUUCAAACACUACGGCUGAGGUCCAGGCACUGAAAUCCCAGGGUGAGCCUGGUGGAAGUUGGCAAGAAAUGAUAACAUCUCUGAAAGCUGAGGUGGAAAGUCACAAGCAGGAACUGCAAGCAGCCCGUAGCUUGAAUGACAAGGUGCUUUCUCUGGAGAGCAGCCUGGAGAACCAGCUGCAGGAACUCAAAGCAGGUUAUUCCGAAACGCUCUUGCGAGUCCAACAGCUGGUCAAGAACCUGAACUCCCUGACCUGCAAGAUGGCUGCUCUCAAGAGCAAUGGCUCGCAAAACAACUGCUGUCCUACCAGUUGGCUGGAGCAUGAAGGCAGCUGCUACUGGUUCUCUUCCUCGGGGAAGCCCUGGCCCGAGGCUGAGAAGUACUGCCAGCUGGAGGAUGCCUACCUGGUGGUCAUCAACUCCAGAGAGGAACAGGAUUUUGUCCAGGCCCAUAUAGGCUCCUCUUACACCUGGAUGGGCCUCAGUGAUCUGGAUGGAGUCUGGAAAUGGGCGGAUGGGACGGACUAUGAGACCAACUUCAAGAACUGGAAGCCAGGCCAGCCGGACGACUGGCAAGGGCACGGGCUGGGUGGGGGCGAGGACUGUGCCCACUUCCACCCCGAUGGCAAGUGGAAUGACGACGCGUGCCAGAGACCCUACCACUGGAUCUGCGAGGCUGGGCUGAGCAAGGGCAGCUAG